UCUCGCUCUUUCCUUCCCUCCCUUUGCAUGUGUUCAGCUGCUCCAGCUGUCGGUCUCCCCACUCACUCUCUCAGGGUCACACAGGCAGGAGUUUGAGGGACCACUUCUGCACGCCAACUCAGCCGGGGCGACCGCAGCCAGCAGCAGCAGCAGCAGCAGCAGCCACGGGACAGCAGGACACGCCGGCCACAGAGAGACUGAGACACAGAAGACCCACCGGGAAAACCUUUCACUACUGGACUCCUCUGCACGCCACACCGUGUCGUCUUCAGGGUGCUGCUGCCUGUCUGACAGCUGCAUGUGUGUUUGUGUGCAUGUUUUACGUGAGUCCAUCAAUUAGUGCGUUAGUAUGCAGGGUGUUUGUGUGUCCACUGUGUGUGUGUGCAUAUGUGUGUCAGUGCUCCUCCGCAGUGCGAUUUCACAGCAUCAUACAGAAAGUGACACUUACACGGAAUGCACAGAUGGGUAUCACUGGGACCCUCAGACUGAACACUGCAAAGACAUAAACGAGUGUGAGACCAUUCCGGAUGCCUGCAAAGGGGAAAUGAAGUGCUUCAACCACUACGGAGGUUACCUGUGUCUUCCCCGCUCCGCGUCAGUCAUCCCCGCUCCGGAGCCCGCCAUCACGCCCACCGAGGCCCUCAACCCCUGCCCUGUGGGCUACGAGCCGCAGGGAGACAGCUGUGUGGAUGUGGACGAGUGCGAGCGGGACGAACACGACUGCCAGCCCAGCCAGCAGUGCAUCAACACGCUGGGUGCAUUCACCUGUCAGUGUCCAGACGGUUACCGCAAAGUAGGCACUGAAUGCAUCGACAUCGAUGAGUGCAGGUACAGGUACUGCCAGCAUCGCUGUGUCAAUGUCCCCGGUUCUUUCUCCUGCCAGUGUGAACCCGGUUUCCAGAUCGCAGGAAACAACCGGUCAUGCAUCGAUGUGAAUGAAUGUGAGAUGGGUGCGCCCUGCUCUCAGAGGUGUUACAACACCUAUGGCACUUUUCUCUGUCGCUGCGAUCAGGGAUACGAGCUCGGGCCCGAUGGCUUCGCUUGUAACGACAUUGAUGAGUGCAGCUAUUCCAGUUACCUGUGCCAGUUCCAGUGUGUCAACGAACCGGGCAAGUUCUCCUGCGUGUGUCCAGAAGGAUACCAGCUGCUGGGAACCAGACUGUGCCAGGAUAUAAAUGAAUGUGAAACAGGUGAACAUCAGUGCGCUGACGGUCAGACCUGCGUGAACAUCCAUGGACGAUACCAGUGUGUGGACAACAACCGCUGCCAAGACCCUUACGUACAAGUGUCUGACAACCGCUGCGUGUGUCCCGUCAACAAGCCCGCCUGCAGAGAUCUGCCUUUCUCCAUCGUCCACCGCUACAUGAGCAUCACCUCGGAGCGCUCCGUCCCCUCUGACAUCUUCCAGAUCCAGGCCACCAGCGUCUCCGCCGGGGCCUACAACACCUUCCGCAUCCGCUCCGGUGAUGAAAACGGAGACUUUUACAUCAGGCAAAUCAAUAACAUCAGUGCCAUGCUGGUGCUGGCCCGGGCCGUGUCGGGGCCCAGGGAGUACACGUUGGACCUGGAGAUGGUGUCUGUCAACCCCCUGCUCAGCUACCAGGGCAGCUACCAGACCAGCUCCGCCCUCAGACUCUCCAUCUUCGUGGGGCCGUACACCUUUUAAAGAGACGGAGGGGAGGCGCACAGAGAGGGAGAAAAGAGGAAAAUGAAGCUGUAAAACUGAAGUGGUCCAUGCAGUUCAACCAGUCACUGUGACGUUACACUCAUAGCUUUUUUUUUUUUUUUUUUUUGUACUUCCAAAGAAAGUGACGCUUCUCCGUCAGCCUGUUAUGUUUACUGUGUGUUUUUGUAUUGUUAUCAGCUUCCUGACAGCUUCUUUCUGCGGUCAGUGUGUAUUACCACCAAGAUGUCUCUUUCUCACAUCUGUUGAGGGUGAGGUCACGUCUGUGCGACCCGCUUCCUCUCUGCCUUCAGGUGGUCUGAUUCACGUCCGGCGCCGCCGCAUUAACCUGCUCUCUGCCUUCUACGUCCUUAUCUUCAUUUCCCCUCUGGUCGCCACUUCAUUCCCGCCAGCCCUGUUUCCUGUUGACAGACACGAUUCAGUAACCACUCAUAUCAAACCUCCGCCACAGCCGUCGCUACGUUUGUCACACUGAGUCCCUCCUUUGGUUUGGUUUUGUUUUUGUUUAAGAUUUGAACUCAAAUAAAACGUUAUACCUUUUCA